AUGUUGCAAAUUGUCUCGUCAGUUGGAGCCAACUUUACAACUUUCUCAAGACUAACACACACAUCUGAAUUUAUUGUGAUCUCUGCUGAACUCAGUACUCCCACCAGAUAUCAUUUAAAUAAUGAUAUCAUAUCUCCAGAGGGGUAUUAUGCGAUUCAGCGGCUAGACAUGGGUGUCACGAUGACAGCUACUCGAGAAAAUGGAUAUGUGUCGCCCACUGCUAUUGCAACACCUAAAAAUUCGCCUACUCCGUCUGUCACGUACUUGACGGAAGAUUGCAUUUGGCCAUCGGAUUAUCCACCAGUCAGUAAAAGUACUUUAUCCACCACUCAAACAACCAGAGUCGCUUCGAGUGACUGCAAGUUGUCGUAUUCGUUUCUGUAG